ACGAAUUUCCUUGUUGUCAUGGCAGUAUCUUGGUUUUCCCCUAGAGGACAACACUGUUGAGUUUGAACUAAUUUACAUAAAGAGCUUCACACUUCUACUUUGUCUGGCCGAGGAGAAUCAGUAUCUGUAUCCCUAAAGUUAAUAAGUGAGGAUUGAAGCAAGUAUGAGUAGAGACACAACCGUCCUGCUCGGGUGGCUGCUCUUACAAGCUACGAGCCGCACUGCGUGGUCAGCAGACUGGAACGCCAAGGUCGUCCGGGAAGUAGAUGCUCUGGUCAACUCCUGUGUGGUCAUCCCUUGCUCCUUCACACACGGAGAAGGGCUUUCCCGCGCCACGCUCAAAGGCAGCUGGUUCCCGGAGGGGGAUAAAGAGAAGUACAUCUUCCAUGAAGACAGUGCGGUUAUCACGGAGGAGUUUAGAGACCGCACAGAGCUGGCGGGACGACUCACGAAAGGGAACUGCACCUUAAAGAUAAUCGAGGUGAAGGAACAGGACCACGGCCCCUUCUGCUUCAAAGUAGAAACGAGUGAUAGGACUUUGAAGACCACUGACUUUGAGAACCACUGCGCUCGCCUUAACUUGCUUGCAGACCCCCCCAAACCUAAAUUAAAUCCUCCGAGGAAGGCAAUCCAGGGUGAACCUUACACCAUCUCCUGCUCUGUGGCCCACACCUGCCCAGCCCAUUGGCCCACCAUCACCUGGAGUCGGGCCUCCACGGACACAGGGGUCAUGCUGAUCAACAAAGACAACGGCAAGGGCUCCUGGGAAAUGGAGUCCAUCCUGACCUUCAUCCCGGGCGCAACGGACGACGACUCGGAGCUCAGCUGCACGGCAACCUUCAACGGAAGGGUGACCUCCUCCUCCACGCACCAUCUCUUUGUGAAACGUAAAGAGCUGUACCUGCACAUUAUCCUUCCUCUCGUUGUCGGCCUUGGGACAGCUGUGGUCUUUGGAGCGCUCUGUGUUCUAAUGAAGAUCAAAUACAAGAACCGUAUUGCUGAUCUUCAAAGCAGAGGAAACGGCAGAUUGCGGAAUCAGCUUUCAAGAAUAUCGCAGAGGAUGAGCUCCAGCCGCUUCAUGCCCUCUCGUCCGAGGGAGCCGGUAGAUUUGAGUGCUUAUGAUAUGCCGAAUAACACUGCAAAGAAACAGAAAAUCUCGAAACCCCGCUGUCCAUCACCGAAGAGUCAGCCGGGGUCCUUCUCCAAUCGAGGGGCGACUGGUCACGACCGGGGCUUCGGUGAUUCCUGUGACGAUGAUUACACAAACACUGCUGACCUCAACAUUUAUGGAAACCUCUGAGCACAGCGACUUCCUCCGUGAAGAGAUGAGAGGCUGUGCUCCAAUCUUUUGUUGGUGUUCAGUUCCACUUCGACUCAUUAGCAUUUAGGGUAUUUAGCAGACGCUUUUAUCCAAAGCGACCUACAAUAAUUACAUUUGUGAUAAGAAGUGAAACAAUAUAUCGCUGUCGGUACAGUAAGGAUGUUCAUAGAACCAAGUGCAAGUACUAACCAGUGGCGGAUCUUCCAUUAGGCAAACCUAGGCAAGUGCCUAGGGCCCCAACC